AUGUUUGAGGCUAGAAACCAUUGGAUCCCAACCUAUUUUAGAGAUGACUUUAUGGGGGGUCUGCUCAGGACAACGUCUCGUUCAGAAAGUGAGAAUUACACGUACAACCGUUUUACUGGCCCACAGUCUAGCCUAGUUGAAUUCAUGAUGAACUUUGACAGUGCUCUUAAAUCACAACGUAACACAAACGCAAAGCUCAACAGUGACAAUGAAGGCUACAAUCUAGAUAUGAAGACGUCUCUGGGGAUCGAAAAACACGCUUCAAUCGUUUACACCAUUACUGUUUUCUAUCAAGUUCAGGAAGAAAUAUGUGCCUCCUAUUUCAAAUGUAUGGUGUUGAGUGUUAGAGAAGAUGGUGGAAUGUUACACUAUGAUAUUAUGGAUGGAAAGAGCAAAAUAUUUAGUGUGGUGCACAAUGUAAAUGACCAUGAGGCCAAAUGCAGUUGCAAGAUGUUUGAGAUGGUUGGACUGUUGUGUAGACACAUACUUGUGGUCUUUAGAGACCUUGAAAAGAUCCCUCUGAAGUAUGUGGUUAAUCGGUGGACUAAGGAUGCAUCUUUAAAGGCUACAUUUGAAAUAGAUGGUGUUAUUUAUGAUUAG